UCAGCAAAGAUACUCAAGAAACUCUCUGCAUCGAAUUUGAUCCAUUAGUUUUCAUCUUCAUAUUUAAUUUUCCUACAUGGAGUUGGAAAACAUUGCAGAGUUUCUUGAGGACAGAACCAUAUUAGUCACGGGGGCAGCUGGGUUUUUGGCUAAGAUUUUCAUCGAGAAGAUACUGAGGACUCAACCAAAUGUGAAGAAGCUCUAUCUUCUAUUAAGGGCUAAAGACACAAAAGCAGCCACAAAACGCCUGCAAACUGAGAUCAUGGGGAAAGAAUUGUUUAGAGUUCUUCGAGACAGAUGUGAUUCGAGUUUCAAUCCCUUGAUAUCAUCAAAGGUGACAGCAGUAGCUGGUGAUAUUUCUUCCGAAAACUUGGGAGUGGUUGAUAUGAACUUGAGAGAAGAGAUGUGGAGAGAAACAGAAAUAGUGGUAAAUGUUGCAGCCACUACAGAUUUCUAUGACAGAUAUGAUGUUGCAUUGGGCAUCAACACAUUUGGACCUCUCAAUGUUAUGAGCUUUGCCAAGAAAUGUGAGAAAAUUAAGAUGCUUCUUCAUGUAUCAACCGCCUAUGUGUGUGGAGAAGGAGUGGGACUUAUACAAGAGAAGCCAUUUUACAUGGGUGAGACCCUCAAAAAAGCAUCUAACUUAGACAUUUUUGAAGAGAAGAAAGUGAUGGAGGAAAAGUUAAACCAACUUCAGAAGCAGAACCUUAAAGAUGAAACAGUUUCUUCUGCUAUGAAAGAAUUUGGUCUCAAAAGGGCAAAUAUCUAUGGAUGGCCAAAUACAUAUGUAUUCACGAAGGCAAUGGGAGAGAUGCUUUUAGGGCAUUUUAGAGGUGACCUGUCUCUCGUCAUUAUACGUCCCACCAUGAUAACUAGUACUUACAAAGAGCCUUUCCCAGGUUGGAUUGAAGGUUUGAGAACUAUAGACAGUGUGAUUGCGAGCUAUGGCAAAGGGAAACUGGGAUGUUUUCUUGCCAAUCCUAAGUCAGUCCUUGAUUUGAUACCAGCAGACAUGGUGUCAAAUGCGAUGAUAGUUGCUAUGGUAGCUCAUUCAAAUCAACCCCUUGAUCUGAUCAUUUAUCAAGUUGGCUCCUCACUAAGAAAUCCAGUGACCUUCUCAAACGUUCGCGAGUUUACCACCCGUUACUUCUCUGAAAAUCCAUGGACUAAUCGAAAUGGGGAGACUGUUAAGGUUGGAAAGGUUACAGUACUAAGCACCAUGCCUAAUUACCUCAUGUACAUGACAGUUUGGUUUCUGCUACCAUUGAAGGGUCUACAUUUGGUGAAUACAAUUUGUUGCCAAUAUUAUAGGGAAGUUUAUACUCGUCUUGAUCAGAAAAUCAAACUGGUAAUGAGAUUAGUAGGACUUUACAAACCCUAUGCUUUCUUCAAGGGCAUGUAAGUAUGC